AUGCACUCAUGCUUUGACUUUACAGAUAGCGAGAAGGCCCUAUUCACAGCCUCGAUGACAGCCUUCGUUGCUGGCUUCGCCCUACCUGUCCUGGUAACGCUUGGAUCCACAAAACCGCUGGCAAACGAAGAGGCCCAGAUUGUAUGGAGGAGAUUGCAGGAAAUUGAUAAUCCACUUAUGCCCUGGCCGGAAGUUUAUUCCCAGGAACUUGAUCUCCGGUACUCAUUACAUCUGAGCGAGGGAAAACCGGCACUUUCUGAGGUCCAGCGAGCCCUACAGUUCACCAAACGCGUAACCCAACUGGGAUUUUGCAUCAACUUCCUGUGUUUUACUAUCCUCUGCCCCGCCCUCACAAUGACUUCACAGAUCCUCUCCUUCGAGACCCUCUCCAUCUGGAUAACCACAAUAGAGAUUUGGGCAGCUGCCGCGCUCUUCUUCUGCAUCACACUGCCCGUCAUUUUCUUCACCAUCAACUACAUGGAGAACAGUAAGGACGAUAGUGCAAGUGUUCUCAAGAAGGUUAGACAGAAACAACGACUGCCUUAUCGUCGGACAGGCAACUGGUUCUCAAGGCUGUUGUAA